UUUUUUCGUUAUUUGAUAUUUUAUUUUGAAAUGAAGAUCUGUGCAAGAAAUGAAUAAAAGGGAUCAACUUUCAGUAAAGAUGAUGCAGAACAUGUUUCAGGAGGGGUUGUACCAGGUUYUUUUCAAGGAGACUCGUCCAGCCAGUCCCUCCUCUGAGACCAGCAACACCAAUAAUGAGGAGCUCACAAAUGUUAGGAUUCAUCGUUGGUUUGGGACUGUGGUAAACACAAGACUUUUAGUCACUGGGGUGAUUCAGGUCCUCAGCGCCUUGGCURGCGUUCUGACCACAGUGAGCCAUGCGUGUGUGAGUUACGGCUGUUCUGUUGUCAUGGUAACUCCAGUCUGGUCAAGCUUGUCAUAUGCAGCUGCUGGGUGCCUGGCAAUGGAGGUUCAGAGGAAGGCUAGUAACGUAAAGAUCAUCAUUCUCAUGGCGCUGAACGUUUUCAGUCUGCUGUUUGGAUUUGCUGCUCUGCUGGCCAAUAGCCUCGCAUCAGUGGAAGCUGCAGACCUGAGCUCAUACCAGCAGGCUGGUUCAAAUGUUGCAAAGGCGAGCUACAUAGUGUUCACUUCCCUGUGUUUUCUGGGAACACUCUACAUUCUGUUCCUGUGCUGGAGAGGUCUGCGCCGAUACAGCUCUCGCAACGUYAAGGCCUACAUCCGCAUCUCACAGGAUCCAGAGGACACGAAUGGGCUUCUGACGGAACAAGAAGACCCGAAUCUGUAAAACUCAAUUAGGAAAUCCUGCGAGAGGGAAGUGACUGCAGCCAGCCUGGAYGUGAUGACACGAGUGAGCGCGUCUGGUGGACUGGAAGGGACRAAUUCAUGUUGGGAUUAGAUUAGGUGUGACUUCUUAGUUAAGGUCUCCCUGAAGAUAUUUUAUAAAUACACAUUAAACAGACAGACAGAGACGUCAUCUUGAGAACAUUCAUCAAUAAUUUAUUUUCUUACUCUCAAGAACCACCACAGCUUCUCAUCUUGAAAAUUCAUCAUUAAUUUCCAACAACACAGUUUUGCAAAAUGUAAAGUUACUAUACAAAUUCUUAAUAGAAAAAAGAAUAAAUUAACUGUGGAAUUCA